AUGGCUCGACGCUCUCGCGAGCGCUCGCCUCGACACCGCUCACGCGCUCCCUCGCCCACGUUCUCAGAAGCCUCGACUGCCGUUCCUUCCAGCGACGACGACCGAUCUCGCCGGCGCAGCAACUCUUCCGACGAUUCGCGCGCAUCGAGUAGGACGGGUAGCGACGACGAUAGCGGGUCGGACUCUGCAGGGUCGGAGAAACCGUUGCGCGGGCGAUCGAAGUCGAGGUCGAAGGCGGACAAGGACGAUAGGUCGCCUUCGCCGCACAGGCGGAAGUCGAAGCGACGGACGAAGGAAAGCUCGGACGACUCGAACUCGGACGGCAGCGCCUCGGACACUGGUGACGACGAGAAGCGGCGAGGACGGUCUCGCAGCCGAAGUCGCUCGAAAGGUCGAAGCAGGAGCAAGAAGCGGCGGAAGUCAAAGACUCCGCCGUCGACAUCUGGCAGCGAAGAGCUGUCAGACCUCGAGAAGGGCGGCAAACGAUCGGAUGAGUCGGAUGCGGCGUCGACGUCGAGCGACCAGGAGUCGAAGGAAGAGCGGCGGCGGAAGAAGCGCGAGGCGAGGGAUGCGAAAGAGCGGGAGGAGGGAAGACAGGAGGAGGCGGAGCGGUUAGCUGAGAAGAAGAAGCGAAGACGGAAGAAGCGAGCUGAGGAGGAGAAGCGCAAAAAGGAGGAGAACGAGGCUCUCAACAGUAGCGACGAAGGCGAGGCCACUCACAGCCUUGGACGGGUCCACGUCCAUCGCCACCACCACCAUCAUGGCGACGACGAGAAGGAAGAGAAGGAAGAGAAGCACAAGCACCACCACCGGAAACACCUCAAGCGCAAGAUGCACGAGCUGAAACGCAAAGCCAAGAAGCAUCGGCACAAGCACAAGCACCGUGAGGAGGACGAGGAUCCUCCGCCCAACAACACCAAUCUGAUACUCGCCGGAGCUGUUGUGCUCGGUGUCGUCGUCGUUGCGGUCCUGGCCGUCCUGUACAUCAAGAACAAGUCUUCAAGCAGCGCGACUGGGACGACGUGA